UGGGAACACACAUAUCUAAACCUUUUUAGUGUGUGUAGACUUUUUCAUUUCAUUCAUCAAUCAAAUAAUAAUAAAAAAAUAUACCUACUAAUUAAGAUGAUGGUGUUCACUAAGCCAUUUUGGAUAAUUGCAUUGCUAGUGUGUUUAUUUCCAUUGUUGAACAUUAAUAAUAAUGGUGAAGUCAUGGCAUUUCACAAGGUUCAAAUGAAAUAUCAAUCGUUGACGACUGCGAAAGUUAACGAGGUUUAUAGAACCGGAUAUCACUUUCAACCUAAACAAAACUGGAUCAAUGACCCAAAUGCACCAAUGUAUUACAAGGGCUACUACCAUUUAUUUUACCAAUAUAACCCGAAAGGUGCGGUAUGGGGCAACAUUGUUUGGGCACAUUCUGUAUCAAAGGACAUGAUCAACUGGAUACCGUUAGAGCCAGCAGUCGUACCUUCAAAACCUUUUGACAAGUACGGUUGCUGGUCUGGCUCGGCCACAAUCCUGCCAGGAAAUAAACCUGUUAUUUUGUAUACUGGAAUUGUUGACCUAAAGCCCGCCCCAGGUUACCAAGUUCAAAACUAUGCCAUUCCUGCAAACUAUUCGGAUCCAUUACUUAGAGAAUGGAUCAAACCGGAUGACAACCCAAUAGUGAAACCUACUAGUGAAAAUGUGUCAUCUUUUCGUGAUCCAACAACGGCUUGGUUCAACAAUGGUCGUUGGAAAAUGAUCGUUGGUAGCAAGAAUAACCAUCGUGGUAUUGCCUAUUUAUAUAGGAGCCGAGAUUUCAUUAAAUGGACUAAAGCCAAGCAUACAUUACAUGAUAAACCUGGGACGGGAAUGUGGGAAUGCCCUGACUUUUAUCCUGUAUCGACCCGUGGAAUGUAUGGGGUGGAAACCUCGGCAUUAGAGGGUGGCAUAAAACAUGUUUUUAAAGUCAGUCUUGAUAUGACUAGGUUCGAGUAUUACACAAUUGGGACAUAUAACCCAAUUAAAGACAAAUAUUACCCAGACAAGAACUCUGUUGACGGUUGGGCCGGGCUAAGAUAUGAUUAUGGAAACUUUUAUGCAUCAAAGACAUUCUUUGACCCAAUUCAAAACCGGAGGAUCCUAUGGGGAUGGGCUAAUGAGUCUAGCACCAGCUUAGAAGACAUCACAAAGGGAUGGGCUGGAAUUCAGUUGAUCCCUCGUGUGGUAUGGCUUGACCCCAGUGGAAAGCAAUUAUUGCAAUGGCCUAUUCAUGAAUUAACAAGGUUAAGAAGUGACAAUGUGCACUUAAAAAGUUUACAGCUAAACCAGGGGGAUGUUGUUCAGAUCGAAAGAGUUACUGCUGCACAGGCGGAUGUGGAGGUGACCUUUACUUUCUCUAGCUUGGAUAAAGCGGAAACUUUUGAUCCAGAAUGGAACAAAUUGCCAUUGGAAAAUCUGGCCAUGCAGAUAUGUGCUAUCAAGGGCACUCGGCGUGGUGGGUUAGGACCUUUUGGGAUUCUAACAUUGGCCUCAAUGAAACUCGAAGAGUUCACUCCUGUUUUCUUUAGAGUUUUCAAGACUCUCGACAACAAGCAUAAAGUUCUCAUGUGUUCUGAUGCUUCAACUUCCUCCUUAAACCAGAAUGAGUACAAGCCAUCGUUUGCAGGAUUUGUGGAUGUCGAUCUAGCUGAAAAGAAGCUGUCGUUAAGGAGCUUAAUCGAUCACUCUGUCGUUGAAAGCUUUGGGGAGGGAGGAAAGACGGUCAUAACAUCAAGGGUUUAUCCGACGCUGGCAGUGGGAGAAGGCGCACGAUUAUUUUUAUUUAACAAUGGUACCGAGGCCGUCACUGUUGAGAGAUUGAAUGCUUGGUCUAUGAAGAAGCCACUUUUCAUGAACUAAGCGAAAGAUGAGACUGUACACUAACAAGUUACGAUUUUUGUAUCUGGAUUUAUUCAUGGUAAAUUAUUACGAGUAAUAAUCCUCCUUUCGAUCAGGAUUUACUAAUUUUCCGAUUUGCUAUGUGUAUUUUAAUUUUGAUAAUUUAUAAAUAAUAAAACUUCAUAAAA